AUGACGUCACUAGCAGGCACUUGCGCUCGAGAUAGGGACGGGAAUGAAUACGCAUUAGGGAGGGAGGUUGACGAAACAGUUGUCAGAAAUGCUCUACCGCUUGCCUCGAAUCGUAACUAUAUGUGGAGAACGACUCAAUUGAAAAAGGUUGCGAAUGUGUUAGUUCUAGUAGAGCAUGCCAGAGAUAGGGCGGCACACAUCGAAGAACUAACCGCCCCAACCGUUUCCCGAGAGGGAAUAUUUGUCGAAUCAUAUCAAAAUGCCAUGGAGCAACAACAGCCACUUUCCACCGGUCCCGAGCCGCGCUGUACCAACCCAUGGAAUGUUAAAACCACACAGAUCAUCGUCCGCUCCAUUCAACCAUUGGAAAAAGUGUAG